AUGCUGCUCGAUGCCAAGAUUCCCCUGGGUCCGAUCGCCGAGAAGUAUCAGCACCGCUUCGACAUGAAGCUGGUCAACCCGGCCAACAAGCGAAAGUUCGAAGUCAUCGUCGUCGGUACGGGCUUGGCCGGCGGCGCGGCGGCAGCGACCAUGGCCGAGCUGGGCUACGACGUCAAAGCCUUCUGCUUCCAAGACAGCCCACGGCGGGCGCACUCGAUUGCUGCUCAAGUGGGCAUCAACGCGGCCAAGAACUACCAGAAUGACGGCGACAGCAUCUACCUGUUCUACGACAGCGUCAAGGGCGGUGACUACCGCUCGCGCGAGGCCAACGUCUACCGCCUGGCCCAAGUCAGCGUCAACAUCAUCGAUCAAUGCGCCGCUCAGGGAGUGCCCUUCGCUCGCGAGUACGGCGGCAUGCUCGACAACCGCUCGUUCGGCGGCGCCCAGGUGUCGCGGACUUUCUAUGCUCGCGGCCAGACCGGUCAGCAGUUGCUGCUGGGCUGCUACCAGGCGCUGGCGCGGCAGAUCCACCGCGGCAAAGUGAAGAUGUACCCGCGCACCGAGAUGCUCGACGUGGUGAUCGUCGAGGGGGCCCGCGGCAUCAUCACCCGCGACCUGGUGACCGGCAAGAUCGAGCGCCAUGCUGGCGAUGCGGUGGUGCUGGCCACCGGCGGCUACGGCAACGUGUUCUACCUGUCGACCAACGCCAAAGGCUCGAACGUCACGGCUGCCUGGCGGGCCUACCGGCGAGGUGCUCUCUUCGCCAAUCCCUGCUACACCCAGAUCCAUCCGACUUGUAUUCCGGUGUCGGGCGCUCAUCAGUCCAAGCUCACCCUGAUGAGCGAGUCGCUGCGUAACGACGGUCGCAUCUGGGUGCCGGAGAAGAAGGGCGACGACCGGCCGCCGAACUCGAUCCCCGAGGACGAGCGCGACUACUACCUGGAGCGCAAGUACCCGAGCUUUGGCAACCUGGUGCCGCGCGAUGUGGCGUCGCGCAAUGCCAAAGAGGUCUGCGACGAGGGCCGCGGUGUCGGCCCCGGUGGCCUGGGGGUCUAUCUCGACUUUGCCGACGCCAUCGGGCGGCUGGGCAAGGACCAGGUGUCGGCGCGCUACGGCAACCUGUUCGAGAUGUACGAGAAGAUCACCGGCGAGGACCCCUACAGUGUGCCGAUGCGGAUCUAUCCGGCGGUGCACUACACCAUGGGUGGCCUGUGGGUGGACUACAACCUGAUGACCAACGUGCCAGGGCUGUAUUCGAUCGGUGAGGCCAACUUCUCCGACCACGGCGCCAACCGGCUUGGCGCCAGUGCUUUGAUGCAGGGCCUGGCGGACGGAUACUUCAUCCUGCCUUACACGAUCGGCGAUCACUUGGCGCGGCAUAUGGGCGACGAGGUGUCGACCGACCAUGCUGCUUUUUCCGAGGUCGAGGGCGAGGUCCGUGGCCGCAUCGACCGUUUGCUCGCGGUCAACGGUUCGCGAACGGUGGAUUCCUUCCACCGCGAGCUCGGACUGCUGAUGUGGGAGCAUUGCGGCAUGGGCCGCACUGCUGCCGGCUUGAAGAAAGCCCUCGAGCGCCUGCCGGCGUUGCGCGAGGAGUUCUGGUCCGAUGUCCGUGUCUUGGGUGGCUCGGAGAACAUCAACCAGUCGCUCGAGAAGGCUGGCCGAGUGGCCGACUUCCUUGAGCUCGGGGAGCUGAUGUGCCGCGACGCUCUGGCCCGCGACGAAUCCGCCGGUGGCCACUUCCGCGAAGAACAUCAGACCGCCGAAGGCGAGGCCCUGCGCGAUGACGAGAACUUCUCGCACGCCGCGGCCUGGCAGUGGAACGGCCCCGAUCAAGCGCCCACUAUGCACAAGGAAGAGCUCGAGUUCGAGUACGUCAAGCUCACUCAGAGGAGUUACAAAUAA